GACGAGAGAGUACUACUACCAAUUUCCAUCCAUCAAAGGCCGCACAAACAAACACAGAGAGAGAAGAAGAAGAAGAAGAAGAUGGCGGUGAUGGAGAAGCUGAGGAUGCUCAUAGCGCAAGAGCCUGUUGUCUUUGCUUCAUGUCUUAUCGGUGGUAUUGGCCUCUUCCUUCCAGCUGUUGUGAGGCCUAUACUGGACUCUUUUGAAACAUCCAAGCAAGUUCCACAGCCUGCAUUAAGUGAUGUGGUUGCGGGAAUGACUGGUAAAAAACAGGGCUAAUCUUUGUAUUAAACGUAAGAUGCUAUUUUUCUUUACCUACUCCCCUACCCUCCCUAUGUGAGACUCUUGCAAGAGAUGGGAAUAAGAUUUGAUUUUUUAUUUGGUGGAGAAGAAAGAAUUAUUGUUUGGUGUACAUCUUCCCCUGUUUUGUGUAAGAACAUCUUCCCCAUUUGUGCAAUGCACAAGACUGGUUCAUUUCGCUA